GGUCGUAAGCGCAUAGAAACCGACUCCGGUUACUCGUCGUCUCUGUUCGGUCCGUGGGAAACGUUUGUGUCAGAAAAAUAAAGAAACAAUCAAAAUACAUAGGCGAAUGAAAAUGAGUGAAGGACUGGGAUAGGCCUCGAAAGUCACUGUCAAUGGAUGUCGCUGCACAUACCUACAUUUUUGAACCAGUGCAGUUCUUUUAGAUGGUAUUCUAUUGAAAGCAAAUGAAUCGAGUCUAAUUAAAAAAGUGCUAUUCUGAGUUACUAUAAUAAGUGAGCUAAUAGUGAAGGUAUUAAAUGUGGUAACGAUCGUGAAGUGAUGGAAAAAAGAUAGACGUACUGCUUGCCACCUUCAAUACGGGUUUGAUCACCGUAGUGCAACCAACGUGCGACCUGUAAUUGUACAGCACAGUAGAUAUUACAUCCUAUACCUGAAUCAGUUUCUUCAGUAGUGUGUUCCCUUAUCAAUUGAAAGAACAAAGUUUAUUGUCUUAGUAAACAAGCAAAUAAAUCCAUAGGGGUGAUAGCGUCAUGCAAUAGUGCCCAGUGAAGAAUGUGUUUGGAUGUAUGAAAAAAUCUGAAAAUACUGCAGUCAGUGUAAUUAAAAAUGAGAAAGCGUCGGAAGAAACCAUUGAGUUUAUGUUGGCAUGAAGUGUGGCCUAUCUAGUUGCAAGUGAAUAGCCGAAUUGAAAAAUUUAAUUACGUUAAUUAACGGUGCUCUCAAGGGAGGUCAACAUCGAAUAAUGCAUGUGUUUGAGCAAUACUGAAACAUUCAUGUGUUGAUACAUUGCACUCAGCAAAUAUGGCCCCAACUAAGAUUCAACUCAUCGUUGCCAUUGUGUUGGUUUUUGAAAUUAUUAGCAUCGAUACACGAAAUCCAGAUGUUUUCCAUCACGUCGAUGAUGGCGAAAAAAAGCUCAAAAAUACUUUCAGCGAUGGAACAUCAUUGAAUUCUGAAAAGUUUGGCAUUAGUGACAAUUUUGAUGCAUCAUUAGCUUACCAGCUAUAUGGAAUAGGUGAUGUCAAGAAUAGUGCAACCGGCAGUGGGUCAGCAAUUUUAGCCCGUUACCAACGAUCAACUGAUAGUUACAGUGGACAAACACGUAGUCUAUGUGAAAAGCCGGGCUGCAUCUGCUCGGAUCAGCCUAUCCUUACAAUUGAUUGUGAAGUGCUAGACAGUGAGACAACAUUGGCCAACCAAUACAACAUUCCUAAAGAAGCAAAAAGUCUCAAUUUGCGACUCACAGCCCGGGGAGCGCGUUUGGUGAUUGACACAAAACAAUUCGUCAAUAGUCUAUUGAACCACGUGCUAAUCACUGGUACCUUUGCCGGAGACUACGGUUUGAGGCAUGUGGAAUUUCAGAAUGAAGCAUUCUGUUUGAAUAAUGGUACGUACCCGGAGCUAGAGGUACACAAUAUUCAUACUGUGGUAUUUCAUAAACGAACAUUCUGUCGGGAAUUUAAACUGAAUGUCACUAAUGCUGCCGAAGUGAUUAUAAUGCCAGACGCGUUUUCCGUUCCGGAGAGUGAAAUUCUUUUGAAUCACGUCAGAGAUAUCCGGAUUCAAGAAGACGCUUUCAAAGGAUCAGUAUCAACUAUGCUGGACGUUACAAAUAGUGGAAUUAAAAUACUAUCCGAACUUCGAGCGUCUUUCCGGCAGAUACAAUUUAUCAAUACCGCUAUUGAACAGAUCUCGACAAAAGCAUUUGAUGUAACUAAAAUAGACUCAUUGAUAUUUGAAAAUUGUAAGAUAGAAAGGUUAAUGUCACAGGCUAUUACUGAGAAGCUUUUAUGCAGACACUUCACCAUGACAGGAUGUACGAUAACCGAGAUCAGCAAACAUUUCAUUGCGGAUAGUGGUCUCAAUAGCUUUAAUAUGCAAAAUAACGUCAUAACCGAAAUCGCUGACGAUGCCAUAAAAUUCACUGGAGUUUCGAGUCAAAUAAUCAACAAUAAAAUCAUCAAAGCUGGCAAGAAUUGGUUUUACCAAAAACCCGACUGGACGAGCGUAAUCAUCACAAAUAACUCGUUCGGAGAGUUUAACUACUUUACGAUCGAAAAGAGUACAACAUCGAAGAGCUGUCAGUUUCAUGCCAAUUCAAUUACGAAGCCAGCAAAACGUAGCCUCAGCUUCACGCAGCAUCCUACGUGUACAAUCAGCGAAAUAUCAUUCAAUAAAAAUUGUACAUGUGAUGAAACAUGGCUGGAGGAUCUGCUAUUUCGAGAUUACGACAAACUGCUUCGAGAAAGCUAUUGUCGAAUAGAUGAGACGUUGAAGUUCUGUUUUAACGCGACAAUUUUCAAUGUAAAAAUGUAUAUACAACAAGUGUGCGACGAGUCGACGCGAACAAUCGAUUGCGCGCGUAGUCAAAAGGAGAAAAAGGUUGUGCCACACUUUGUUAGUCCCAACGAAAUUGAAUCAGUUCAGUAUAAUGAUUAUUACCAAUAUAUUUUAAUAGCAAUUGCUAUCGUAGUUGUUUUAGUGGUAAUAAUCUUGAGUAUUGUAUUUUGUAAAGUAUGUAAACGAGAAUCAAGUACUUCAGCCGAUGUAAUUUCAAAUCAUUCUUUUACCAUGACUCACAAACCGUCCAAAUCGUUCACGAAGGAAGAUAAAGUGAUUGUUCAUCAAACUUUAGAAAAAAUCAAAGAAAAACAAACUCCAGAAGUGUAUGAAGAAAUUUUGAACUACUCUAGAAAGCUUAUGGAAGGUAAUUUUACAGAAACUGAGAAAGUUUUAACUAUUGGAGAAAUCGUAAGACGAUUGAAUGAUUGCGAAAAUAGUGGUGAUGAUUUUGUGGCCUUCACAGACAUUUUGUAUCGUCACUUGGCCCCUAGCACAAGCAAUACACCGCUUGAAACAAUCUAUGCAGAACCAUCCGGUCCUGUAGAGGGCACAACAGUGAUCGAAGCUCCUGCAACUUCCGAUCAUAUAUAUGCUGAACUGACAAGUGCGGCUCAGCCGCUGCUCGUGAAUGAAUAUUCUGCGCCGAUGGAUUUGAGUGACUCACACUACUCGGAACCGGUACAGAUUACACAAAAAGAUAACACGCGAACGCUUAUAACACCGUAUGCAAUAGGAAACAACAUUGGCUCGACUGUACAACAACAACAACAGCAACCGACAACGUCGAGAAAUUUGCCUGAUAUUCUCAAUUCGAAUAGUGGUACCAGUAGCAGUAGUAACAACAGUGGCACAGCAAAUGCCAUUGUGAACCUCGAGUCACUCAGGUAUAUGGACAGAUCUCCGUCAACUAGUAGGGAAAUUCCCGAAUAUUCGCUGCCGAUUAAAAAAGUGCCACCAAAACCCGCGCUUCGUCGGGAGCAAACAGUUGAUUCUGAUAGCUCGACGUCAAAUUCCGACCAUUCGGAACACUCGGGUGGUAGUGAUAUUACUGUAAAAAUAGACGACAUAGUUGAGUAUGCAGACGCGUGACGAAAUCCAUUUCAAAACAUUUUUAGCGAAAAAUAAACGUCCAAAACAUCGUGUAUGCACUAGCAUGGUGCGCAGUUGAAAAAGUGAUAUUAAGUUAGUCCAGAAUCAGACGAUGCAAUAUCUAGGUUCUAACACAUUACUCCACUAGUGUAAUAUUCUUCGAGAAAAUUAAUAAAACAGACGACUACUAAUGAAAGUAACCAAAAACCAUUAUUGUACUCUUCUUUCACUGUAAGCAAGCCAUAACGAAAGAAAUAUGAUUACGAUAGGCACUAUGCAUAGCAUAAGUAAAAACCC